UGGUGUAGUUGGUAGCCUCGUAACCUUCUAGAGGUCAGGUCAGGGGUUCGAAUCCCGGCGUAGGCGAGCUUUUCUUGCAAAGUAAGUUUUUCUCUCGCUUCCGCUCCUGGCCAAGUGGAUAUCGCUAGUUCGUGUGUACACAGAGGGAAGAGAGUGCUGAACUCUUCUCGCAUUAAAAAUUGAAGGCGAAGUACCGCAGGAGGGGAGGGUAGAGAGAGGCUCUUCUGUGUGACCACGGGUUGGAAUAAACGGCACUAGUGCUGUGAGCGCUGAUUUGAAGUGAGGAACAAAAAAAAAAUAAAAUAAAAAAAACUAAGGGCCGGCAAUUUUUUCGUAUCUGCUCCGCUCUCCCAAAUGUUGACAUGUUUGUGGGCAUUCCCAGGACCAGGCUGAACCAUUCAACGCAUUCACAGGUCGUGCACGACGCAGCGUGCGCGGAGGCGGUCAAGACUGGGAGGGUAGGCCUCGGCCAACUGUUCCACUCCCUCAACAUCCUGCCGAGAUUCGAGCUUCUCAACGCCGGCCGCCGGGUUGGGCGUUCUGCGAGAUUCCCAGGAAAUAGUGACACCAUUGGUGGUGAAAAGGAGGGAGGGUGUACAGGAGAGGAAGGGGGGUUCUGGCGACUCUACGACCUCCGCAGCGGACACGUCAGCUGCCGUAUUUAUGAAGAGUUCCCGCCGGACCUCUUCGGCCUCGAUCAAGGAAAACGAGUCGAUUAG